UGUUUCUCUGUCGCCAGAAACACAAGAAGAAGAAGAAGAAGAAGGUGGCGGUUCUGCCUGGUCAACCUAGAGACGGUUGUUUCGGUUCUCUGCUGCUGAAUCUUUAAGCAGAUUCGUGGUGAAAAUGUCUUCAGCUCAGCUCCUGAAACUGUUCAUCAGCGAGCGACUGACMGCCGCUGCGACGGAAAUCUUCUCCGAGUUCGAAAAGACGAUCCUGCGGUACGAGGAGGAGCUCGGCCGGCAGCGCAGGCUGCUGGACUCUGCCACCAGGAAACCUGGAAGAAAAGUUCGGAGUAUCGGACUCCAGCAGGGUCCGGUCCACCAGACGAAGCUGAUGGUUGUAAACCAGGAGACUUCCAGUAUAUGCCAGAAGGAACCAGAACCCCCACAGACCACUGUAGAGGAACCAGAACUAGAACCUCUGGAGAUCACUGUGGAGCAGCAAGAACCAGAACCUCUGGAGAUCACCAUGGAGCAGCAAGAACCUGAACCCCUGGAGAUCACUGUGGAGCAGGUGAAACCAGAACCUCCGCACAUCGACGUAGACGAGGAGGAUCCAGAAUCCCCGCACCUCAUCUUGGAUCAGGGAGAACCAGAACCUUCGGAGUUCAGCGUGAACCAGCCGGCGCCGGAGCCGUUCCAGAUCAAAGUGGAGGAGGAGGAGCUCUGCUCCAGCCAGGUGAACCAGCACCUGCAGCUGAAGCACGAGGCCGACGCCAUCAUGGUGACGGUCCUGCCCGAGGACAGCGACCGCAGCGACUCGGACACGGACAGCGACGACUCGCUGUCGUCCAGCUCCACCGGGUCCGACUCGUCCGGGAGCUUCUUCUCCUGCCUGAUCUGCGGGGAGACCUUCACGGAGAACGCGCACCUGUUGGUGCACAUGAGGGUCCACACGGUCCGGAGCCCCACCUCCGACAAACUGCAGCACUGCUGCCCCAUCUGCGACAAGCGCUACACCACCCGGGACAGCCUGGUCAUCCACAUCAGGAGCCACACCGGAGAGAGGCCCUUCUCCUGCCGCUUCUGCGGGAAACGCUUCAGUCGCAACGGCAACUGCAAGAUGCACAUGAGGAUCCACACGGGAGAGCGACCGUACUCCUGCGAGGUCUGCGGGAAAAGCUUCACUCUCAACUCGUACCUGAAAACUCACAUGAAAAUCCACACGGACUUCCAACAGGAGCCUGUCCUGGCAGACCAGGACUCCAGCCCGGUCCAAGAGGAACCAGAAUCAGAACCUCAACAGAUCAGCACGGCCCACGAGGAACCAGACUCUAAAUGUGUCAAAGUAGAAGAAGUGGAGGAGCUCUGCACCAGUCAGGAGGAAGAUCAGGUCCAGCUGAAGCAGGAGACUGACCCGAUAAYGAUGACCUCGUCACAUGAAGAACCAGAGGCAGACAGGGAGCCGCCCAUCUUCAGUCAAACAUUCGCUUCCUGCCUGAUUUGUGGAGCAACGUUUCCUGGGAGAACAUUUCUCCUAAAACACAUGAAGGUCCACGAGGUCACGAGCCUGAAGUCCGACCGCCCGCCGUUCUGCUGUCCCGUCUGCAGUGACAAGUUCCCGGCUCGUCACGGGUUGAUCCUGCACAUGAGGCGCCACGUCGACAAGAAACCGUUUCCCUGCGGCUUCUGUGGAAAGAGGUUCCCCUUCAAAAGAAACUGUGAGGUCCACAUGAGAAUCCACRUGAGGCAGAGCCUGCAGUGUAACGUCUGUGGGGAGAGGUUCACCUGUAAAGACCAGUUCACCUAUCACAUGAAGAUCCACAUGGACCAGGACCUGAACCUGGACCACUGUUGUCCCACYUGCAGCAAAACCUUCUCCUCCAGCAGAGGGUUAGUCGUCCACAUGAGGAGUCACACUGGAGAGAAACCGUUCUCCUGCRGAUUUUGCCCAAAGACUUUCAGCUGCAGGAAGAAAUGUAAAAGCCACAUGAGAGUCCACGCCAGCCGCGAGGACGACUUCACUGACGAGGACCAGCUCAAAACCCACGUGAGGAGCGACGCGAGCGAGGCCCUGAACCCCGAGCACUGCUGUCCCACCUGCAACAAGACGUUGUCCUCCAACAGCAGCCUGGUCGUCCACAUGAGGAGUCACACGGGAGAGAAACCGUUCUCCUGCAGGGUCUGCAGGAGGCAGUUCAGCACCAAAGGAAACUGCGAGAACCACAUGAGGCUCCACACGGGGGAGAAGCCRUACUCCUGCARGACGUGUGGAAGAUGUUUCACUUACAGCUCACAACUUAAAAACCACACAAAGGUCCACCUGGACGCCACGGUCCCCUCUGCUGGACCAUGUGGAGCAGUGUUUAACUGGUUUUCAGCAACGAUGUCUUCAGUUCCUCAUCUGAGAGAGUUUAUUUGCGGGAGGCUGACAGCUGCUGCUGCAGAAAUCUUCUCCGAGUUUGAAAAAACCAUCCUGCGGUACGAAGAAGAGAUGGAGCGUCAGCGCAGACUGCUGGAUCUCUGCUGGAAACCUGAACUAAAGCUGCACACAGGCGAUCUCAGACAAGAAAGGGUCCAAAAGAUGGAUCUGAUUCUCACAAACCAGCAGCCCAGCGUGGACCAGGAGGAACAAGGACCUCUAGCGCUCAAGAUUGUACAGAUCAGAGGUGGGUGGACAAGACCAGAACUUCCACAGAUUGAGGACCAAACAGAACCAGAACUCCCACAAAUCAAAGAAGAGCAGGAGGACCCAGAACCUGCUGAGUUUGAGUACCCGGAGGACCCAGAACCUGCAGAGUUCGAGUACUUUGAGGAUCCAGAACUUGCACCGUUGGAAGAAGAGCAGGAGCUCUGCACCAAUCAGGAAGAUCAGCUCCACCAGAAUUGGGGGACUGAUCCGGAUUUAAAUGAAGAAAGUGAAUCAGAACCAGACGUGGAGCAGCUCACCUCCCAGGGUUCUGCUGGACCUGAGGACCAGGAUCAGGAUUCUGAGCCAGUAAAAAAGACAAACAGUGGUGAGAGAGGCAGUGGGUCACCUGCUGGUGUCGCUAWGAGCAGAACCACAGGAAGGAAAAGGUGUGUUUUAUGUGGGAGAGGCUACAAAACAUGGAGGCAGCUUUCAUCUCACUACACCGUCCACAGACGUCAGGGGCAARUGGUCGGCAGGAUUUCUGUGAAAACCUUGAGAGAUAAAUCCCAGUGCAUGGCAGGAACGAGCACGGCUGCAGGUAAGGUCCCAGAUGCUGACAGACCGCCGCUCAUUUGUUCCAUCUGUGGCCUAAACCUCCCAAAUGCCAGUAAGCUAGCCUGCCACCUGAGGAGCCACAGCAGUGAGCAUGUCUGCCAAAGCUGUGGUAAAGCUUUCCCCACAACAGAAGCCCUGGAGCUCCACAGCCAGAGUCACGUGGCCGAGGAGAAAACAACCGACGUGCAGCUGCAUCAGUGUCCCAACUGUGGAAAGGCGUUCACCCGCAGAGCCAGCUUAGCUGUCCACAUGAAAGUCCACUUAGGAGAGAAGCCGUAUUCAUGCCAGAUCUGCGGUAAAACGUUUGCUUACAGGCGCAUCCUGAAGUCUCACAUCAGAUACCACACCAGAAGAAACAGUAAAAGUGAAGAGAACGCAGCCGAAUGGAAGCAUCCGUGUCUCACCUGCGGGAAGCUGUACACCACUCGCACUGGUUUACUCAACCACAUGAGAGUCCACACAGGAGAGAAGCCCUAUUCCUGCCAGAUCUGCGGUGAAAAGUUYGCCUACACUCAGAUCCACCAGUAUCACAUGAAGAAACACGACAACGGAAUAAAGACGCAGGAAAAAGAGAACUUGGACAAGCGGGAGCACGUGUGUCCCUUCUGUGGCAAGGCCUUCGCAAGCAGCAGCAAUUUAGUCAUCCACGUCAGAAGCCACACGGGCGAGAAACCCUUCUCCUGCAGCGUGUGUGAGAAAAAGCUUGUUAGCAAGGGCAGCCUGAAGCUGCACAUGAUGAGCCACAUGGAUGUGAAACCUUUCGGCUGCUGCGUGUGUGAAAAAACAUUUACUUGCAAAGGUACCCUGAAAACCCACAUGAGGAUCCACACGGGAGAGAAGCCCUACUCCUGUCAGAUCUGUGAAAACACUUUCAUGUAUAAAAGCCAACUGGACUCUCAUAUGAAGGCUCACAAGAACUAAGUAGGUAGUUUUUGUUUUUUGUUUGUUUGUUUGUUUUGUAGUGUGGACAGAGGUUGCUGCAGAUGAUCCUGAAGAUAUUACAUUUUUCAAACUGUAGAUAGAAGUAGAAAAUAGGAAAAACAAACUUCCUGUGUGUUUUUAAACAGACCAGUGUUUUAUAAAGUA